UCAGCCAAGGAGGCGAGAGGGCUUGGAGGCUGCUGGGAGGUGCGUGAGUAAGAUGGCGGCGUCGGACUCGUAGGCUUGGGAUCUCGCCGCUGUUGGGCACCAUGGAGAUGGCACUGUGCAAUGGAGCCGGCUGUUUGCACGUCGUCUCCUACAUCUUCAGCAUUCUUGUGCUCGGUAACGUGUUGAUUCCUGCUCAAAAUGUGACCUUGAGUUCAAAGAAUUUCAGUCUAUUUUUGACAUGGACACCCCCUGAAGUACAUCCUCCUCAAAGCAUAUACAGCAUGGAAAUAAUGCCCGAGAAUGUUUGGAUUGAACCUGCCAACUGCAAGUUUCCAUCUGAAAAAAUCUGUGAUAUUACAUGUACAAUUAAGAAUUGCUACUCCAUGUAUAAAGCCAGAGGGAGAAGUCUUUUACCUGAAACUCCAGUUGUUUGGAAGCUGUCUAACGGAUUUAUUCCUCUAGAUGAUGUGGAACUGGGUCCACCUCAAAUGGAAAUAAUUAUAAGAGAAGAAUCUUUAAUGGUGCAUCUCCAAAUUAAGUUAAUACAAUGCAAAAGAAAGGUGUUUGACGCGUGUCUACUAAAACAACUGACCUAUGAAGUGGAAAUAUGGGAUGUGAAUGAACCUGUCAGGAGACCAAUCAAACAAAGUGUACGUGGUAACUCAAUGGAAAUUGCCAAACAUGAAUUGCGUGGCCAUAGCAAUUGCAUAUCUGCCAGGUCCGUUUACCAGAGUUUGCGUAAAUUUAGCAGUUUCUCUAAGCCAGUUUGUUUCACUUUGGAUCAAGAAGAACGCCUAAUUGAGAAGUAUCUUGUGAUAAUGGGAUCUGCACUGGGAAUAUUAUUUCUAGUUUCAGUGGCGGCAGCUAUUGUGAAAAACAUAAUCUGCAUUCCUUCAAAUGUGAAAAUGCCGUCAGCCUUGGAUUUCACAAGGCCCACAACUUUUAUGCAAAAGAUGGCAGAUGCUCAAACAGAUGUAUGUGAGCUGUCAAUUGCUACUUGCUUUGAAAAAAGUGAGACAGAAAUAUGUGAACAAAAUGUUACUCUUGAAAGUAAUCUUUUGAAAGAAGGCAACCUUUUGGAUAAUGUUGACGACCCAGACGAGAGCGAUGAGGAAAAUGAAUGCUGUAAUUACACAGACAGACGAUGGAUUCCUGAUGGAGUAAUGUUUGACAAAGCUGAGACAUCUGGUGAUACAGAGCACCAGGUACCUAUUGCAGAAGGCUAUCGGAAAGCAAAUUGCUUUACUGCUUCAACUAUUAGUGUUACUGACUUACAAAGUCAGGGAUCUGACUGUGCUGAUCACAGACUGGAGCACGCCCCACAGACUAAUUUGUACAUUCCCGUUUCUAACCCAGUUAGUUUCACUUCUGACUCAUUUGAUAGCAAACAUUUCAAUAAUGGUAUUGAUUCUAUUGUACUGGAUCAUGAUGAAUGGAGGAGCAACGGUGAUGUCCCUUUGAUGUCUGUCCAGAUACUGUGUUGUGAUGGUGAUGAUACCACUGGUGACAAUGAGGAUUGUGAUCCUUUCUCCAGUACUGUGCCACUUCUUGAUUGUGAUUUGAACUUUCAAACAUGUGACCUCACCUAUCGUCUUCCUGCACUGUUACCUGGAGACUAGGUAACGGGAAAUAGAGAAAGAAACAUACGUUUGGUUUCAGUGUAAAUCUGAAGUUUAUGAUCACUACGCUGCAUGAACUCUUCCUAAUGGAUGUGAGUUUGCUCGCUGAGCUGGAAGGUUCGUUUUCAGACGUUUUGUCACCAUUCUCGGUAACAUCAUCAGUGAGCCUCCGACGAAGCGCUGGUGUUAUGUCCCGCUUUCUAUUUAUCUGGUUAGGUUUCCUUGGGUUGGUAAUGUCAUUUCCUGUGUUGGUGAUGUCAUUUCCUGUUCUUUUUCUCAGGGGAUGGUAGAUUGAUUUGGAGCCAAUGUGUUUGUUGAUGGAGUUCUGGUUGGAAUGCCAUGCUUCUAGGAAUUCUCGUGCGUGUCUCUGUUUGCCUUGUCCUAGGAUGGAUGUGUUGUCC